AGACGCUGCUGGACACGAGGCUGGAGACCACGGACCUGGAGUGGACAGUGCACCCCGAGGGGGAGGGGCAGUGGGAGGAGCUCAGCGCGCUGGACCCGGAGCUGGGCGGGGCCGUUCGCACCUUCGAGGUUUGCUCGGGCCGGGGCCCCUCCCCCCCCCAGAACAGCUGGCUCCGCUCCCGCUGGGUGCCCCGCGGAGAGGCCACCACGGUGCUGGCCGAGAUCCGGUACACCGUGAUGGCCUGCGACAGCCUCCCUUCCCCCCCCCGUCCCUGCAAGGAAACCUUCUCGGUGUUCUACCACGAGUCGGACGCCGACACGGCCACGGCGACCUCCCCGCCCUGGAUGGAGAACCCCUACGUCAAGGUGGACACGGUGGCGGCCGAGCACCUGGGCCGGCCGGGCGGUCACUCCCGGGGCCGGGUGAACCGCAAGGUGCUGCGGCUGGGCCCGCUGAGCCGCGCCGGCUUCUACGUGGCCUUCCAGGACCUGGGGGCGUGCAUGGCGCUGCUGUCGGUGCGCCUGUUCUACCGGCGCUGCCCCGCGGUCACCCAGCGCCUGGCGCGGUUCCCGGCCGCCGUGCCGGCCGAGCUGGUGGCCGCGGUCAGCGGGCGCUGCGUGGCCGGAGCGGUGCCCGCGGCCGAGGGCCGGCCGGUGAUGUACUGCAGGGAGGACGGGCGGUGGGCGACGCCGCCGGCGCUGGGGUGUGUGUGUGGGGCCGGGAUGGAGCCGGGGGAUGGAGAGCGCUGCACGCCCUGCCCCCCCGAGACGUUCAAGGCCGAGGCGGGCGGGGGUCGCUGCCGGCCCUGCCCCCCCCAGAGCGGAGCCCCCUCCCCAGGAGCCGCCGCGUGCCCCUGCAGGGCGGGGUUCGUGCGCGCGCCGGGGGAGGGGCCGGGGGAGCGCUGCUCGG